AUGCCACCUUCAGUAGAACAGAGUAGUGUACCUCUUGAACCAAGAAUUCGCAACAUGAAAGAUGAUAACGAAAUGCUUAAAAGUUUUCAUAAGGAUGAUCAACAUCAUGUAGAGGAUUUACAAACCACACCCAUUAACAAAGCUCAAGUAUUAGUUUUGAUACCAUCACUUACCUACGUUGUAUAUAUGAAUCGAGCUUUGAAGAAUAUUCUAUUUACUUUGAUUUUUGAUUGGACAAUGCCGAUAUUUAGCCCGUUUAAUUUCAUUUUGUUGAUUACGUUGUUUCCUACGUUAAUCAUUUCGCUUAUUUCUCUGGAAUUUGCUUUGCAUAUUGGAUUUAAGUUUGGGUUGGGUGCCGUGAUUCAAAGGAUUGGAGAUAAAUGGGGAGAGGGUUUAUCUCCUGUCAACUGGUGGGACCCGAGGAUAUUUACAUCAGAAGUUGAUGAAAUCGUAAAAGAUGGAAUUAAAUCGUUGGAUGCUCCUUUGCCACAACCAUUGCCCGAACAAGAAUUGGAUGAUACGAUAUUUGAUGGUGCGAUGGAACAUCGUGGAUUCAAUCUCGAUUUGGCCGAACUUUUAUUAUUUAUGUCUUCUAUCAUUUAUGAGCGUAACAACGAGUUGGUUAGAAAAGCUCACGAGGCUUUGCAUGAUCUCUCAAAAGGGGGAAUAAUAAGUAAUUCAUCAGAAGAAGAGCGACUUAUUAAUUCCGUUACAAGUCUAUUAAAAAAAAGUGAAGCCCGUAUACAUGAGCAGGCAAGAAAAUGGGGAAUGAAAUUUAUUUCAUUAUCAGAGUUAAAUUCAUUAGGAGGUCCUUAUUCAGGAAUGUUUUGGAGUGAAGAACAUAAUUUUAUCGUAAUUGUAUUUAAAGGAACCAAUCCAAGUAAUUUUGAAGAUUUUGUUAUUGAUUUAAUGUUUCAGCGAGUUGAUGCAAGGAGUUUUGUAUUUGGGGAAGUCCAUGAAGGAUUUUAUACUUCUUUAUUUCCUCAAGAAGGAGCCGCCGCAAGAGCAAGUCGAGCUUCUCCCUACAUAACUAUGAUCAGAGCCAUCAGAGCGAAAGCUGCUGACAUCAAAGCUGUUCGUCCUAGCAAACAACCGAUCAAUGUUUGGAUAACUGGUCAUUCAUUAGGGGCGGCACUUGCCAGUUUGUUCUAUGCUCGCCUUCUAAAAUCGACAAACGACCUUGGUCCAAAUUGCAUUUUAAGAGACGGGUACAUGUUUGGUAGUCCAAGUGUUGGAGAUGCGGAUUUUGCAGCAGAAUUUGCUUCAUAUGCCAAUUCUCCAUAUGAUAGGCAAAGCACCCUUUGGAGAAUUAUUGAUGAUAAAGAUAUUAUUACUAGAAUGCCACCUGGUUGGAAUGAUCCAACGAUCAGACGUUUGGUUAAUAGAAAUAGCAUUUUGAAUUACGCACAUGUUGGAGAAGGAAUUCAAUUUUUCCAAAAUGGAGCGAAACCUACUCCUACGAAAAAUUUGUUUUCUUCGGGUAAAACACCAGUUAUUAUUGAUCUUGCAUCCGAAAACAAGAAUAACUUUGGACACGAAAAAGGAAAAAAGUAUACGCUAAGAAAAGACGUUUUUCACGAUCGAGAGGAAUAUAAACAAUUGACGGGUAGUCCUUUGAUCUUUAUUGAAAAGUUGCUACCUACUUUCUUUAGAGAUCAUUUACCUGCUAGAUAUUUUUCUGUUUUGCAAAAAGCGAGAAAAUAUUUCGAUGAUGAUGUUACUGUUGUGGAAGAAUUCGAAGAAAUUUAG